CUCAAAGGAUGCAAUUCGAUUGGCUCUCAUCCCUUAAAUGAUCAGGACAGAGUUUAACCAGAAGGACGACACAUGUCUACAGUGAAACAUCUUUCUAUUGAACAGAAACAUUUCUAGCGUUGUCAGACAUACUAGGAUUAUAAUUUCCUAUAUAAUUUGUGGACUAAUUUGAGGGAAUUAGGCACUGACUGUCACCGGACAGUUAUUUCGCUGAAGCGCUAUGUUUGAAACAAGUAUCGCUCCGCCGAGUCUUGUUCCACCACGUUUAGGCUACUUCAUACACAGAGUUAACUAAGCUGAAAAGGUUGAACUGAUGCAGUAGUAACACCACGUGAAGAAAAAUGGGACGGCUUCUGAUAUCUUCCUUUUUGUGUUAUAUACUUGUUGCCACCGUCACGAUCGGCUACUUAAUUAUCUACUCAAAUAAUUCACGGCAAAAACAUUCUAUGCAUAAGGAUUCUAGAAAUAGUAAAUGGAACCAGGUAGUUCCAAGUCAACUUUCAAACCUGGACACGUACGACAGACGACCUCGUUUAAUUCUAGGAAUCUUGACACCAGCCACAAAUAUGAACUACAGGAACGCGCAACGAUCAACGUGGCUGUCUACUAUGCAACGUUCACAAAGCGAACUUCCAUUUAAAAUAACUUACAAGUUUCUAAUAGACCAACCAACAAAAGAAACUAUAGUAGAAAACAAUAAUUACAACGAUAUUGUAUUUCUUAAUGUAACAAGCCAUGGACGAGCAACUAAAUUUGGAGAGAAAUUGUAUGUUUGGUUUAAAUACAUUCAUGAACAAUAUCCUGAUGCUUUACUUGGGGCGAAGUUAGAUGAUGACGUAUUUUUAUGUGUUCUUCAGAUUUUUAAAAGACUUGAUCAACUGAAAUCGUCAAAAUUAUACUAUGGAUGGACACAUGGCGCUGGGUCACACGUCAAAAUAGAGACACGAGUCGAUGAAAUGUUUUUAGUUGUUGGUAAAGACUUGUUAGAAAGAAUUGCAAAGCGGAGGUAUUGUACUGGGACGAAAUGCAACACCAGUGAAAAUCUAAUUGAUUUAGAUUAUGGCGACACAUCUUUAGCAACAUGGCUCUCGAUAUACGAUGACAUAGAUUACCGGUCUGACAACAAAAGGAUUAUACAUUUAGGCAGAGGCAGGGAAAGAGAAAUUUUGCAAAACAUCAAGCCAGGUUUUUGUUCGAAAUAUAUCCUAAACCAUAAAUCGUCUGUAGAAGUAAUGGAAAAACUUCACGAAUAUAACAAACCCUGAAGUGUAUCUCAUCGGCGCUAUCUAUGGAUCACUGUUUUCCGGUGAAGUGGUAAAAACACUUCUACCACAAUCAUUAACAUGUAAAAGGAUUGGGUUUAGAACACUUACUCGUUGUAUAUAUUUCCGUAUUUACGUUUCGUGUAACGGAGUGCGUGUUGUGAUCAUCAGCUCCAUAUUGUUUACCUGGGGUAUUCCCGUUUGGGAUUCCCUUCCGGUAUUAUAUUUGGACGUUUCUGAUUGGUUUACAUUUUUAGGAUAUUUUACCUUACCUGUACAGCACUCUAAGCUCAGGUAUGGGUCAGUAUCGAGUUCAAAUACUACAUUGCACGUGCAUUUCAAGGCAUACAAUUAAAUUUGGCUAUAAAGCUGGGUGUUUUGGUCUUGUAAAUCAGUCUGGCAGAGGCUUACAUGUAGCUGGCUGGCUCGUCUUUACCCUUCUUACGGGUAGGUAUGUACGAGUGUAUUUCGGCCUUAGACCUCAAAUUAUUCCGGGCUGGGUGGUAUUUUCCCAUUGUAGGCAUGUUUUGGUAGAAUUAUCUCAGUAUUAAUUUGGGAUGGUUAUUUUCCCGUUGUCGGCAUGUUGUAAUAUAUUAUCGGGGCGUGUUUAAACUUAUUCCCCGGGGAGGCAUACCGGGUGGACAUUUUUUGAGAGGACAUAUGUUACACGGUAUACUGUUUUUAGUAUGGGGCGGUCGAGUGGUUGACGUGCUGUAGCAUCAUGUUUCAUCUAAUUGACUUCACUGUUUCAUUUUGCACAUAAUAAAUUG